AUGGAUUCCACACAUGUAAAGCCGCGUCCUGUGUUGCCGAAAAAAGGCGUUAAAAAAUCUAUUCCUCCAAAACCGAAAAUUGAAAAGAAAAACAAGAAAAAACGAAAGGAAACCUACUCGAUCUACAUCUAUAAAGUAUUGAAACAAGUUCAUGUCGAUACAGGUAUAAGUUCAAAAGCCAUGUCCAUAAUGAAUUCAUUUGUGAACGAUAUUUUUGAACGAAUUGCCGCUGAAGCAUCUCGUUUAGCCCAAUAUAAUAAAAGAUCAACAAUAACAAGUCGAGAAAUUCAAACAGCUGUUCGUCUCCUGUUACCUGGUGAAUUAGCUAAACAUGCAGUGAGCGAGGGAACUAAAGCUGUUACAAAAUAUACCAGUGCUGGUUAA